GUCCGCUUUUAUUAAAUACUCAUAAGUUUCAUAAAUACCAAGUUUAAACAAUUUAUAUGAAUUAUGCGCGAAUUAUUCAAGCCCACUGUCCACUAUCACCUUUCUCCCCUGUGUGUCUUAUGUGUUGUGCCUUGAGAGAAGGAAAAAAUCCCUGCCAGGGCACGUCUGAACUGUGACAGCCCCGCCCAUUACUAGUCCUGUGGUUUUGCACCUGCCUCACCACCCCUGCCACUUUGAGCGCAAACCCUCCUGGAGCUCCUGUACCUGCACUGCAGCGUUUCUCCAGCCCUCACUGCUCAAUCCUUUUUCGCUGGGACCCCUGCCUUCACGGCUCCGCUGAGGCAUCACUGCGAACAGGUAUGCAACAUGAGGGCUAUCUGAUCAGCGACUGCAGCCCACCCCCGACUGGUGAAGACGCAGCGGUAAAAAAGAGAAAGAAAGAAAAAAGAAAUCGGUGCAGUCAGCAGCGGAGGUUAGGUGAGUGCUCCAUGUCAAGGGGGAGAAAUACGCGCAUGUCUUUUUACAUGCGCUAAGUAACGGAGGAGGUGGACGGAAUCAUGCAAUAAGUGACAGUGGCAACCAGGUAGUCUACUACACUCCCUCCGGACCUCCUCGCUGAACUUUACCCGCUUGGCUUCGACGCGAUGGCUGCUGCUGCUGCUGUUCUUGGGGAAGUUGGAGGCGUCUUGCACGGCAUCGAUGGUGUCGCCCAGGUAGGGUCCCAUUUUCUCCUGACUCCACUUGGGGACAGUCCGACGCUGCUGGGGGAGCACCUCAUUUCUGGGGACAGGCUUUCCCGGAGCACCACGGCGGAUUUAACGCACCUCAAAGGGAUCCUGAGGAGGAGACAGUUAUACUGCAGAACGGGUUUUCACCUGGAAAUACUUCCGGAUGGCACAGUGCAAGGGACGAGGAAGGAUCACAGUCGUUUUGGUAAAUAAAAAAUGAUAACAGACUCAUAAAGGAAUUUAUUUUUGGUAUUGUAAAAAACAUCAAACUAUGACUGAAAAGUUGAGGUGUUAAAAAAAAUAAAUGCAGUUGUAUAAUUUAUUAUAGUUUUAACGGAGCUGCUGCAGGGUAGACUUUGAGUUUCUUUGAUUAAAAAGUCUUUCACUGAAGUCAGCUCAGAACAACUGUGUCCUUCUUCUCCAGGUAUCUUGGAAUUUAUAAGCCUUGCUGUUGGGUUGAUAAGCAUAAGAGGGGUGGACAGUGGACUGUAUCUUGGGAUGAAUGACAGAGGAGAGCUGUAUGGAUCUGUAAGUACCAUAUUUCCUUAUUCAUGUGGUAAAAAAAUCUUUGUUUUUCAUUCAAUGAUUCAGACAGUGUGACUCUCAGGAGGAUAUAUUUAGCACUAUAAUGUGGGUCUGCAUCAAAAGCCAGGACUUGUUUGAUGUUGAACUCUUUGUUUCCAGGAGAAGCUCACAGCUGAAUGUGUCUUCAGGGAGCAGUUUGAGGAGAACUGGUACAACACUUACUCCUCCAACCUGUACAAACACGGAGACAAAGGGACGCGUUACUUUGUGGCAUUAAAUAAAGAUGGGACACCAAGGGAUGGGACUAAAUCCAGGCGGCACCAGAAAUUUACGCACUUUUUACCCAGACCUGUGGACCCUGACCGUGUGCCUGAGCUGUACAGGGAUAUCCUUGGACACAGCUGAGACUUGGAGGCCUGGUCGAGUUAAGGAAUAGCUGCUAAAGCCCUGGCAGGCAGGGAGCAGAGAAGAAGAAGAGAGGGAUGCAGGCGUGGGGAUGUGGCCAGUGCAGGCUGGUGGACAGCAGCCCAAGCAGAGGGGAUAAAGGCACCGGGGCCUCUUGUAGGAAUGCACGGGCCAUCUCUCAGCAGCCAGGAAGACAGGCUAGCAUGUCUGCACACUCGUCAUGAGGAGGUCAUUUGUUUCAGAGGUCGGCGACUCUAAAAAGUAACCUGCAUGGAAUAGGAGAUGGACGGGAAACGAAGCUGAAGAGUCAAGGAGCAUCUCCUCUGGUCGGAUGGAGAGGUCAGCUGAUGUGUGUCUGAGGAGAAGCUGCGGUGUGGUGAAUUAGGAACUGUUGACUGUCGGCCUCUGCGUCAGCGAGGCGUAAUUUGUUCAGAAGGACUUUGAAGGAAUUCUGUUUUUAUUCUCAAAUCUUAGCCAGUGUCCAGACCUGUUUCAAAAGAGCAAAUAUGUAACAAUUAUUUAUUCACUUUAGAUACAUAUAUUUAUGUUUUAUAUUUAUUUAUUUGAGAAUAUAUUUUUUACAGUUAGAUACAUGCAAUAUAGAGAAAACCACUAGAACCUGUAUUGAUUAUACAAAGACUGACACACUGUACUAUUAUGUCUUUUAUUAUGAAAGAGCUACGAUCGAUGAUAAACUGUAAAAUGACCAAAAUAAGUAAAAUGUGGGGAGGAUCGCCACAUCUGAACGGCGUUUUGUCACAAUGUGGCAGCAGUGAAUCCAUUUUUAAAGAAAUGCUUGUAACGUUGAACGACUGUUUGUGCAAAAAUGCAGAUUUAAAGUCAGAAAACUCAUAAUACAAACAAUAAAUUAAUCAAGACUCAACCAAAUCACCUUUCUGAAGAUAUUUGGUCAGCUGCUUAAAACCAUUUUCCUGUAAAAUACACACAUCCUUAUUUUUAACAGAUUUCUAUUGUGGUAAGAAACUUUACUGGCUUUAUUUGUGUAUCAGAGUUUAAACAUAUAAACCUGCUUAUGAGACCAUUGUUGUCUUUCUUUAUGGACACCAUUACGCAGACAGAGAAGUCGUAGACGAGCUCCGCGCAUAAAACUUCAAAGUCUGAAUCCUGUGAAUGUGAAGACCGCGCGACAACAAAAAGAGGGCCAAACACAAUCUGACCUUUUGCACAGGCCUGGCAACUUAAGCAGCUGUUUAUAAGUGCAGGUCAGAGCGAUAAGGAUCAAGCCCUCUCUGCUGGCUGUUUAGAGGGUGAUAGACUCGCUGAGAUGUCUCAUUAAACAGUAGAAGUCAAGGUGGUCAAUGCAUGUCUAUGUAUGCCUUACUCUCAUGUUCAUACAGCUUCUUCUUUUGUGUGUUCAAAUGUCUAAUGAAAAGUUAUUUUUCACUGUCCCGUCAUGUUUGACAACGCC